AUGGCGACGCGGCAGAGUCGAAAGCGACAGCGCGCCCAAACAAACUCGCCAGCCAACAUCGCCAAACGUCCGGCUAAGAAGCUCAGGACAACAAGCGAGAUCGAGUUUGACGCCUGGGCAUCGUGGCAAUAUUCUCCCGAGUUCUGGGACAGACUAUCUAGGAUCUCGCUGACCCAUGGAGCGGUAGAAGAGCACAAUCGCAGGACUAGCAUUCUGCGUCCUUCUGGUGCUUCCACCACUACUUUUACUACCACUAAAGAUCUUGCUGGAUUUGCGAGACACGGAGGCCCAGACCUGUCCGACAUUCGCGGGUCCACGGCUCCAACCUCCACACUGGCACGACCUACCUCGGCGACGACCAAAACGACCAAGACCAAGAGGCCGACGCCAUAUGACCGCGACUUCGACUUACACCUAACCGAUCAUCGCGUCCACCCUAGGCCAUGGGCGGCAAUGGUCAUACCUAUGCCGUCGCUCACUCCGUCCAUACUCUCUGAUGGUGCCUUCAAAACAUUUCGGGAGAGCAACACCCGAGCAAAAGAUGAAGACGACAUAAUAGAGAAUGUCAUUCCGACCAUACUCGGACCCGGCCAGACUGCCCACCCUUCGGCUUGGAACACGGUGUUCGGAAAUCUCGAGCCGCUCACAGACGGGACGAUUCCUCCAGCCAAGCCGGAUAUAUACUACGUAGCAUAUCCCGAGCAGCUGUCUCGUUCUGUCCGCGACGAACUUGGCCGUGGCGUCAUCCCAUCGACCAUGCAGGACAAGCCUCUUGCGCCUAAUUUCUUUCUUGAGGCCAAAGGCCCAGAUGGCAGUGCAGCUGUGGCAACACGCCAAGCUCGUUACGAUGGGGCGAUUGGGUCUCGGGCCAUGCAUAGUUUGCAGAUUUAUGGCAAAGAGGAUCCUGUAUACGAUGGGAAGGCCUAUACUUUCAGUUCUGUCUAUCAUGGCGGCCCUGGCACGCUUCAAAUCUACGCCCACAACAUCACGGCGCCGACGAACGAAGAGACGCCGCCCGAGUACCACAUGACCCAAUUAAGGUCCUUCGGCAUGACGGACACCCGAGAUACAUUUGUUCAGGGAGCUACCACAUUUAGAAAUGCCCGAGAGCUUGCCAAGCGACAUCGAGAUCGUUUUAUUCAAGCGGCGAACGCAACAGCGUCGCAACCUGGCACAGUCGCUUGUCAAGCGGAUGCGGCCGAAACAAUACGAUGACGAGGUCUUGGAUCUUCUUGAAUCUACACAUCAUUCACACUAUGUAGCUUUGCAAGACGCUGACUACGAACUCCAGCAUUUGAUUGCUGGAAGCUACUGCGAUUCGGAGGACGAUGACGAGACAUGUCCUGUUCCUCACUAUCCAGAACAUGAUUUCCAAGAAGCGAGCCCUGGAUAUGUGGCUCCCAGGAACCCUCAAUGCGCUUUAACACCAGCUUUACAUCAGGCUUCACCACCGACCGGACCCAAUCCAAGCGGACUAGACCAUCCGUCAGCCCGACCUCAAUGGCUAGUGGGAGCCAUGGGUCGAAACGAUGGACACGAUCAACUUGAAGUGCAUUUCAUUUGGUCAAGAAAUCAGACGAAGUGUAUUCAGACCUCUCAUGGCGAACACAGCGCUGUCUAGGCAAUGCCAAACCGGACAAAGCUGUCCCGGGAGCACUUGAGUGCCUUAUUAUCAUGUGCUCCUUGGAUUCGUUGGCCUAUUGCUCGCGGGAAAUUGGCAGUUGUGCCCAAGUCUGCGUCUGUUGAGUGUGGAGGCUGGCCUUCUAUACCUAGGUAUUUCCCCAGGAAAUGGUUUAGGGACUGGGUGAUGACAUCCUUAGAGUUGAUGAGAAGUCCAUCCAUGUAUGUCAAAGAUACAUGCACGAACCGUGGGGAACCUGUUUGUAGUCCUGGUUGGCUUUAGGUUCCACAGUAGAGCUACUUUGGCUCCGUUCUGCCACAUAGCAAGGGUCUCAGUUUCUCAUCGGAAUCCACGUGUUUGUUUAUAUGUGAGAGAAAUCCAAUGUGAUUUGAGUUGACUAAUAAGUAAUUAGGUAUGUAGAGCUGGAAGUAGGACGAGAGUCAAGGGCAUCCGACAGCGCAGUGCGUCACCAAUGAACCCGUGGACGGGAAGGGUUCAUUAGUCGCGUAUGCAGCAUGGGUCUCGACUCUCAACGGUGCAUACAGGUUUCGCACAAGGUGCGUCCAUUGCAGCAAGUAAGAUCCGGACGUGUUGUGUGGUUAAUUGUUUAUCAGCAUAACUCACAUGUUUAUCUCACAAGUCCCCAGGGACACUUGGGCUCAUCUAACCAGACUGGAAAGUGAGAACAUGUGCCUGCCCAUCAGCUCGCUGGACAGCUUUCAAUGGAAAAUUAGUAGCUUCUUUCUGUUCUCGGGAGGUGUGGGGAGGCCACGAGUAGUCGAUGUUCAAUGGACUCCGUAGACGGAGGUAUAUUGCACACAUUUGUGGAACUGGUUGAUUGGCAACUCCUAAGAUCUGCAGCGGUAGGAACACACACAUACUUAAG